AUGGCAGUGGCUGAAACACAACUAUAUUCGAAGGUCUUGAACAAAGUCAAAAACAGAAGCACCUGCGCUUUACUGGAAUCCCUCUUAUCUAUGGGAUUCCCUGCACAUAUAGCGCAAAAAGCUUUGGCUGCUACUGGACACAAGACAGCAGACGAGGCUUCAAAGUGGUUGCACUCUCAUUGUAAUGAUCCUUCUUUGGAUGAUCCAAUCCCUCAGGAAUAUGCUCUCUAUUUAUGCCCAACUGGACCCUUGCAUGACAAACUGCAGGAAUUUUGGAAAGAGAGCAAGAACCAAUGUGCAAGAAACAAAGCCCAUGAGAUUUUCCCACACAUAACUCUUUGUGAUUUCUUUACGUGUGAAGAUCGGAAAGUGGAAUUCUUGCAUGAAGCCCUAAAGAAAGUUGGUGACAGGUUUUUAAAUUUGUUCCCACCUGCCAUUUCUCUAUCACUACAUUCGUCUGUCAGCUACCUUGGUUUCUUCAUUAAUGAUGCCCAUGCAAAUGUCAUCAAAGAGUUUGCUGUGGCUUUUGCUACUGAGGCUUCGAUCUUGGCAGAUUGCCGCGUGAAACCCAUCACAAAGCAGCUGCACCUUACCCUGGCUCAUAAGUUUUAUCCUCACCAUCAAAAGACUUUGGAACAAUUGGCCAAAUCUAUCAACCUGGGACAGAGCUGCCUGUGGACAGCUGCUCUGUAUUCUAGAGAUAUGCGCUUUGUAAAUUACCAGAUCUUGCAAGCACUCUUCCAAUACAAGCCUCAGAACAUUGAUGAGCUAAUGCUGAAUACUGGAGAUUUGAUAUAUGUUGACCGAUCACAACAAUCCGAUGUUAGUGAUGGCUGGGUGAUUGGUACCUCGCACCGGACUGGCUGCAGAGGAUUUCUUCCUGAAAAUUACACAGAAAAAGCCAAUGAGUCAGAUACUUGGGUUAAACACAGAGAAUACACUUUCACUCCAGCUUCAGGACUGCUCCCCAAGAAUGAAAAUGAACCUAGACGUAAACUGAAUGGUGAAGUCCAUAUCCCAGUAAUGACAAAGAGUGUAACCCAAACGCUUGCUUUCCAGCUUUCUCAGACUGUUGCUCUCAGAAGAGGCCUGUUGGUGAUGCGCCAUGGGGAGAGAGUGGAUCAUGUUUUUGGGAAGUCGUGGAUUCAGCAAUGCUUAACUGCAGAUGGAAAAUACCACAGAGCAGAUCUGAAUUUCCCUGCCAGUCUGCCAAAACGAAGAGACGGCAUCAAACAUUUUGAAUAUGAUCCUCCUUUAUCAUGCUGUGGUGUUUUCCAAUCUAGACUUGUAGGAGAAGCUCUGCUGGAGAAACAAGAGGCAGUUAGCCGUGUAUACUGUUCCCCUGCACUCCGCUGCAUACAGACAGCUCAACACGUGCUAGAAGGGCUUAAAUUAGAACAAAAAAUUAAAAUCAGGGUAGAACCUGGACUCUUUGAAUGGACCAAAUGGGAGGCCAACAAAAUAAUUCCCUCCUUUAUGGCACUGACAGAACUGACAGAGGCUACUUACAAUAUAGAUCCCAGUUACAGAUGUACUUUCCCACUUUCCUCCCUGGUGCCAUCGGAAAGUUAUGAAGAGUAUGUAAGCAGAUGCUCUGCAGUUAUAAAACAGAUUCUCAGUGACUGUACAAGCAACGGUAUCAUCCUGAUAGUGGGUCAUGGCUCAUCCCUGGAUUCCUUCACUCGACCUGUACUAGGGCUCCCAGCCAGAGACAGCAAUGAUUUUGCCUCAUUGGUUAGAAAGAUACCUUCACUGGGCAUGUGUUUCUGUGAAGAGCUUAAAGAGGAGAAUAGAUGGCAGAUGAUUAACCCACCAGUUAAGACGUUAACCCAUGGAUCAAAUGCAGCAUUUAAUUGGAGAAAUGGCAUACUGGACAGUUAG